CAAGGUCUGUACAGGGGCUCUGGAGGCUGCACUUUAAGCAAUGGAUGCAUUUGCCCACUCUCAGCAUUUAUCAGUCCCAGUUUGUUGUCCAGGUCGGUCCAGGUGUCUUUGCAGAGGCGAACAGGGGCAGGUUUGGUUCUUUUCCUCCCUGCCGGCUCGGGGACCUCUCUCCCUGCUGGUCCAGCUGUCUGGGGCUCCCUGUCCGCAGCAGCUGCCCCAUGCCCGCAGGGACUCCUCCCAGCUUUCCUUCCCGCUCCGAGUCCUGGCUGCUGCAUCCCCGUGUAAGCAGGGGUGGACUCUUUGCCCUGUUACCCUUGAAGCACCCAAGCUCCCAGCUCUGAGCUGCUAAAUGGAAUUCAGCUGUGACGAAUUCACGUGGCAGGCGAGACGCAGGAAGCUCGGCGGAGAGGGAAAACCCUCCCUUUAAAGGGGGAGGAGGCAGCAGCUUUUUGCUCGCAGAGCAAACGAGAGGUCUUGUUCCACUUCCGCUUUCAGUUUCAUUUCCCACCAGUGCCCUCCUCCUUGCCCUCAGCCCUCUCUCGAGGCUCAGGCGCUAUGGCCGAGGCGGGUGCUGCGGCCAGGCUGAAGGACGAGCUGACCUGCCCCAUCUGCCUGGACAUUUACAGGAACCCCGUGUCCCUGGGGUGCGGUCACAGCUUCUGCGAGGAGUGCAUCCAGAAGGAUCAGAAAUGCCAGCAGGGCCCUUCCAAGUGCCCACUCUGCCUUUCCCCCACAGGCCCCACCGGGGAGCUGAAGCCCAACUUCCAUCUCCGCAACAUAGUGCAGAACUUUUUGGAUGCUUCUGUUCAUCAAGGGGAAGAAAAGCAGAAAGUGCAAUGCAAAGAGAAAGAGGAAAGUUCGGACCAGCAAGAGGAGGAAAAGCAGGAAGUGCAAUGCAAAGAGAAGGAGGAAAGUUCGGACCAGCAAGAGGAGGUGAUCCUGUGUGAUUUCUGCCUUCAGGAGCCCCAUCCAGCCGUGAAGACUUGCCUGAGUUGCGAGGCCUCCCUGUGCCAAGCCCACCUGAGCAAGCACAGCACAAAGAACACCCAGAAGAACCACGUCCUGGUGGAGCCCUGUGGUGCCCAGGUUUUGGCUGAGAGGAAAUGCCCCCAGCACGGCAAAUUGCUGGAAUGCUACUGUGAGAUGGACAAGGUCUGCAUCUGCAUCCUGUGCUCUGUCCUCAGCUCCCACAGGGAGCACAAGAUUCUCAGUUUGGAGGAGGCUUUUGCCCAAGCACAGCGUGUUUUUCCCGAAACUCUAAAAGAGGUGAAAAACUAUGAAACUGUGCUGGAUCGAAGCAUAGCAAACCUGCUGGGACAAGCGGAGGAAGUAAAGGUUAAGGAGGGUCUGCAGUGGCAACGGCUGGAGAGCCUAUUCAAAGAGAUCAGUCUGCAGCUAGAGAAAAAAAAACGUGAGAUCGUGAAAGCUCUCAGUGACUAUGAGAACCAACAAAUUUCUCGGAUUCAUAUGGAGUUAAAGAACCACAGAGAGCAGAAGCGUUCAGCCAGCCGUGAUGUUCAGGAGCUGGAGGCUCUGAGAAAUCAGACAGAUAUACUUCUUUUCACCAGGGCUUUUACAGCAAUUCAAGCCAGGGAACGCAAGCCUGUU